GUUACAGCUCCUAUGCGCUCUCUCCAUCUGCUAAACAGAAGUUAGCCAGAUGCUAUGUUUAAGUGAGUUUGGGAAUAUACGAAGAUUACAGUAAUUUGUAGCUGUUAAAACUACUCGUUAGAAGCCAUGACAGCUAUAAAAGACGGGGAGUACACGGCAACCAUCUACAAACUGAUUAAAGACAGCCAGUAUGUAGAGGCAAUUCACAUCCUAAACAGUCAGCUUCAAAAACACACGAAGUCCAGGGCAGCACUGUCUCUGCUGGGCUACUGCUACUAUCACAUCCAGGACUUCACCAACGCUGCAGAGUGCUAUGAGCAGCUCACACAGCUGCACCCAGAGGUGGAGGAGUACAAGGUGUAUUAUGCCCAGUCCCUUUACAAAGCUGGUGCUUAUCCUGAGGCCAACAAGGCUUCCUUUGUUUUGGACAACCCCAGCAGUCACACCAAGAUGGUCAAGCUGCAAGCCUGUAUCAAAUAUUGUGAGGAAGAUUACUCUGCUGCCAAGUCUCUGUUGGAGCAGCUGCCCCAGGAUGACCCAGACUACAUCUACAACAUGGGCUGUCUCCUUUACCAAGAUGGAAAGUAUGAGGAGGCCUGCAAGAAGUUCAUGACUGCCAUGCAAGUGCUGGGAUACGUGCCAGCAUUGUCCUACAACAUCGCCCUGUCUUACUACAGCCUGAAGAACUACGCUCAGGCCCUCAAAUACAUCGGCGAAAUCAUCGAACGAGGCAUCAGGGAACAUCCAGAGCUGAGCAUCGGCAUGACGACUGAAGGCAUCGACGUCCACAGUGUGGGCAACACCCUGGUGUUGCAUCAGACAGCUCUGAUCGAAGCCUUCAACCUCAAAGCCGCCAUAGAGUACCAGCUGAAGAACCUGAAAGGUGCUCAGGAGGCUUUGACAGACAUGCCCCCCAGAUCAGAGGAGGAGCUGGACCCGGUGACACUCCACAACCAGGCUCUGGUGAACAUGGACACAAAGCCAUCGGAGGGUUUUGAGAAGUUGGCCUUCCUGCUGCAGCAGCCUUCCUUCCCUCCCGUCACCUUCGGAAACCUGCUGCUGCUCUACUGCAAACACGAGUACUUUGACCUGGCAGCUGACGUCCUGGCAGAAAACGCCCAUCUUACCUACAAGUUCCUCUCCCCAUACAUGUACGAGUUUCUUGACGCCUUGUUGACAUGCCAGACAGCACCAGAAGAGGCAUUUAGGAAGUUUGAUGAGAUGAACGCUAAACUGACUGAGCAGCUUCGAAAGCUGGCCAAGCAGGUGCAGGAAGCCAGGCUGGCUCGAGACGAUGAAGCACAGAAGAAAGCACUGCAGGACUACGACCUGAUGCAGGAGAAGUACAUCGUGGUCCUGAUGGCCCAGGCCAAAAUCUACUGGAACCGGGAGAACUUCCAGAUGGUGGAGAAGAUUUUCCGCAAGUCGGUGGAGGUUUGUAACGAGGACGACACUUGGAAGCUGAACGUGGCCCACGUGCUCUUCAUGCAGAACAAGUACAAGGAGGCCAUCGGCUUCUACGAGCCAAUCGUCAAGAAGCACUACGACAACGUGGAGCAGUGUAACAUUCAGGAGUGUCCCUGCAAGUGCAAACCUUCGAUCCUGAACGUCAGUGCUGUGGUCCUGGCCAACCUGUGUGUGUCCUACAUCAUGACCAGCCAGAAUGAAGAGGCUGAGGAGUUGAUGAGGAAGAUUGAGAAAGAGGAGGAGCAGAUUUCCUACGACGAUCCCGAUAAAAAGGUCUUCCACCUCUGCAUCGUCAACCUGGUGAUCGGGACACUGUACUGUGCCAAGGGCAACUACGACUUUGGCAUCUCUCGUGUUAUCAAGAGCCUGGAGCCAUACAAUAAGAAGCUGGGGACGGACACAUGGUUCUACGCCAAGCGUUGUUUCCUCUCUCUGCUGGAGAACGUGUCCAAACACAUGGUCAUGCUGAGGGACACUGUGGUACAGGAGUGUAUUCAGUUCCUGGAGCACUGUGAGGUCUACGGAAAGGAGGUUCCAGCUAUCAUUGAGCAGCCUCUGGAGGAGGUUCGCAUUCACAUCGGCAAGAACACCGUCACCUACGAGGCUCGGCUUCUCAAGGCGCUGUUCUACGAGGUCAUUGGCUGGAACAAGUGACAUCAUCACACGGGUGUCAGUGUAAUGUCUGAUCCCAAAAUACAUCCCUGACUAUCAAUGUCUUCGACUUAAAGGAUAAUUAACAUAAACCCAGAGACAAUCAGACACAUACACACACACACACAAACACACAGAUUUACUGAUGUAUUUUAAAUCAAACCAGCUGUGCAGUCAUAUAUGUCUGAGAAUUAAAACCAUGUCCAGUCCCUGACAUUUUCCCAGCUUUUGGACUUACUCCGUCUUUCAGUCUUUAGCGCACACACAUACGCACACACACACACACACACCAGGGGAAGCUUUUAUUUUGAAUUUGAGUUGAGCUCAGGGAGGUUUGGCAGGAGGACAAAAUCCCAGAGCUCCAACAGAAUCUUAUAUAAUCAGUUAGUGUUCUUUCUCUCAUUGUGGCUGUUAAAGGAGGUCUGGUGCACCAGCGUCAGCUCCACUUUACACAGUCGUAUAGCCAGUAACAUAAAGAGAGAUGAUCUGCAUUUAUUAUCAGAACUACUCAGUGAGUAUAAAAAGGUUUGUAGACAGAGCAGAUUUUCAGGCUUUGUUUUAUUGGCUGUGUUUAUUCUAUUAACAUGGAAUACAUGAUAACAGCUUGUAUGUAAGUUCAUCUACAUACAUUCAUGCUCAUAUUCUCUUUGGUGAGUGCUGGUUGUACAGCUGUGUUCAUAUUCCAGCCCUGUUCUGUGGUUUUAUAUUCAGCAGAUAAAAUGUUUGUGAAAAGCAAAAUCAUAAUUUAAAGACAAUAAAGAUUAUUAUUUUUGGAAAAAG